AUGUCACUCCGCCAUCUGUCCCGUCGAGUGGCACUGGCCCAGCCCUCAUACAUUGCAUCGAGGACCUUCGCCAGCCAAACUCCAGGAAACCCAGUCUUUGAGGUGUUCAACCGCAAAGUGAAACAUCUCCAGAAAGAUCGCGCAGCUCGCAAUGUGGAAGAAAGCCGAAAGACAGACUACAUCAAAGAUGAGGUGGCCAUGCGGUUGUGUGAACGUUACGAACAGGAUAUCAAGCGGGAUUUCCCCAAAGUCCUCGAUCUAGGCGCGAACAGCUGCAACAUCGCCCGUGCUCUGACAACGCCCAACCCCGACCCCAGCACACCAACAUCUCCACCGCUAGCAGACAAAAUCUCGCAACUGACCUGCAUCGACACCUCGGAAGCGCUCCUCUACCGGGACGCCGAUGAGCCCGUCACCAGCGGAAUGAAUGUGGAGCGGCAGGUCGUCCCGAAUCUCGAGAGUCUGCCCUUCGAGCCUAACACCUUCGACGCCGUGCUCUCCUCCCUCUCGAUGCACUGGGUCAACGAUCUCCCAUCUCUGCUGGCACAGGUGAACACGAUCCUGAAACCAGACUGCCCGUUCAUCGCGGCCAUGUUCGGCGGCGACACGCUGUUUGAGCUGCGCACGUCGCUGCAGCUGGCGGACCUUGAGCGGCGGGGCGGCGUCAGUCCGCAUGUGUCGCCGCUGGCGGACGUGCGGGAUGUCGGCGGGCUACUGAACAAGGCCGGGUUCAAGAUGCUCACGGUGGACGUGGAGGAUAUCGUUGUGGAGUUCCCGGAUACGUUUGCGCUUAUGCAGGACUUGCAGGCGAUGGGCGAAAGCAAUGCCAUCUUGCAUCGGGAGCUGGGACCCAUCUCUCGCGAUGUGCUCUUAGCGAACGAGGCGAUAUAUCGGGAACUGCACAAGGAGGAAGGGUCGAGAGGGAUCCCGGCUACGUUCCGGUUGAUCUAUAUGAUUGGGUGGAAGGAAGGCGAGGGGCAGGCUCAGCCAUUGCAGAGAGGCAGUGGAGAGAUCAAUCUGAAAGACAUCCUUGGGGGUGGAUCAUUCGAGAGACCAUAA